AUGGUUGAAAAUUUCUACGACUGCAUCGAGAACCAUGAUGCUGGUCACCACGAUGGUGUUGAAAGUGAAGUCAUGGUUGAAGAUUUCUACUUGGAAGAGAACGGGAACUGGGACACUGGUCAUGAUGGUGUUAAGACGAAGACAUGCUGGUCUCUCCGUGGUUGGAUGUAUGAGGAGAGAAUGUCGGCUUGUUGGGUAGCAAAAUGGGCCACAUUUUCUGAUUUCGCGGUAGCUGAUAUGAAGAGUAAGGGCAAUGUGAAGAUGUGUUGUCCAUAUGACAGAUGUCGUAACACAGUGAUGCACCUGCCUGUGGAUGUUGAGAUGCACCACGGGGAGGUUGCGGUAGAAGUGGAUAGUGGCUUUGAAGAAGAACACAUAGAGUUCAACCAAAGUGGUGAAGAAUAUCGUGGUGACGACGCCAUGGAUGAAGAAACACCAGUCGAUGAAGCUCCGCGUGGUUGGAUGGGGGAAAUGCUAGAUGACGUGCACUUACAGAAUCAACUGCAGGACCCCGACAAUGCCACAGAUGAGAAGAAGUUCCAGAAGCUAGUCGAGGACGCAAACACACCAGUGUAUGACAAUGCCGGCAUCAACAAUAAUGUCCUAGAAGUGACACUUGAACUUCUUAGGAUAAAGGCAAAAUCUGGGCUUUCUGACAAGGGCUUCACGGAGAUAUCGAGUUACCUUGCUACAGUCUUUCCAGAGGGCAACAAAUUGCCUAAGAGCACAUACGAGGCGAAGAAUAUUACCUGCCCGCUUGGAUUAGACGUUGUGAAAUAUCAUGCAUGUCCCAUGGACUGCAUUGUAUACACGGGACCGCACAAAAACAAGGGCAAAUGCCCAAUAUGUGGUACUUCACGAUACAAGAAGAAAGAUGGCAAUCACGACGAAGUCGAUGAGGAAGAAGUGAGGAAAGGUCGGCCGGCGAAGAUCGUCUGGUAUCUUCCGAUGGGUAGUCGGUUUGUGCGUUGGUUUCAGAACUUGAAGGAUGCGGUCAAGGAGGAAUACUUCACCCUUAGAGCAGCAUUGCUGACUUGUGUGCAUGACUACCCAGCAAACGGUAAUACAUCAUGCCAGUGCACAAAAGGGUACAAGGCAUGUACAAAGUGCGCGGAGAAUACAAUAUCGGAGAUGUUGCCCACAUCACACAAAAUUGUGUACAUGGGACACCGACGGUGGUUGCACCCUAAAGACCCGUGGAGGCUUGAUGCGGAGAGCUUCAACGGAAAGGAAGAGCACGAGGGUAAACUUAGGGAAAAGUCUGGCUUUGAAAUCUACGAUAUUGUCAAGGAUCUAGAGGUUAGGUCUGGGAAAGCAGAAAAUGUCAAAGAUAAGGACGGCCCGGACACCUCCAUAUGGAUGAUGUUCUGA